GAGGAUGCUGCGGCUGCUGUGAGACAAGUCGAGCCGUGUCAGCUGCGCCCACCGUGGAUGAUUGUCCCGAUGGGUUGUGGAGGGAGUCGGGCGGACGCGAUCAUCGAGCCGAGGUAUCAUGAGAGCUGGACCAGAGAAACGGAAUCGACGUGGCUCACCAACACGGACGUUGAGACCUCUUUGCCAGUAGCCAACAGUAAAGCACUGGAGGCCAGUCUGAGGGAGAAGAGGAUGGUGAACACAGGCACUCAGUGUGGGAAGCAGGCCCUCACAUCCACUGGCUCCAACCACCAGAGGAGACCCAGACGCUCCCUGAGCGAUCAAACCACUCGCGACUCCAAAAGGAGGGCAUCAAAAGAGGCCAGUGCUUUGGCUAAGGAUGGGCAGCCUGUCAAUAUCAGCAGCAGUGGAGACGCUGAACCUGGGAAUGCGUGUGAUGAAAGAUGAAGACGAGCCAAGACUUUGCGAAGAGAAAGAUGGACGUUCACCAGAAGAUGGGAUGGUGAUUUACUGAAAGUGUGCGGAUGAUGUUCGCGAGUGACUUUUGCAAGAUCUCGGCCGUCGAUGUCAGUGCGUUACAACAUAAGCACCUGCAUAUGUCUCCAUCCAAAGAUCUCGGGAUGCUGCAUCUUUGUCGUGCCAUUGCAAAUGCAUGUGUGAAGCAGAGAGUGGGUGAGAAACAGUGUUCCCGCCCUCCACCAUGCUUUUCUCCCAUGCUUACGGUGCCAGUCAGGGAAUGUGUCACUGUGCUAAGCCAGUUUUAAGAAAACAAGAACAGACUGUCCCAUAUGCACAUGAUAAUCACA